AUGGCGUCCGAAGGAGUGCUUCUGGGAAUGGGAAAUCCCUUGCUUGACAUCUCUUGCGUGGUUGACGAGGCUUUUCUGGAGAAGUAUGGACUGACCCUAAACAACGCCAUACUCGCUGAAGACAAGCACCUUCCCAUUUACAAGGAGUUAGCUGGCAGACCUGAUGUGGAGUACAUUGCAGGAGGUGCCACUCAAAAUACCAUCAGGAUUGCUCAGUGGAUGCUGCGCGAACCGAAGGCAACCAGCUACAUUGGUUGCGUUGGAAAGGAUGAGUUUGGAGACCGUAUGUACAAGCUUGCCUCUGAGGGAGGCGUCAAUAUCCAAUAUGAUGUGGACGAGGAACUCCCUACUGGAACCUGUGGCGUACUUGUAGUCAAGGGAGAGAGAUCCUUGGUCGCUAAUCUGUCAGCCGCCAAGAAGUACAAGAUCGAUCACUUGAAGAAACCAGAAAACUGGGUUUGCGUGGAAAGGGCAAAAUUCAUAUAUAGCUCUGGUUUCUUCCUUGCUGUUUCACCGGAGUCCAUGAUGACCGUGGCUAGGCAUGCUGCCGAGACUGGAAAGUACUACAUGAUAAACUUGGCUGCUCCAUUCAUCUGCCAGUUUAAAGACCUUAUGGAGCUUUUUCCUUACGUUGAUUUCAUUUUUGGCAAUGAGAGCGAGGCCAGAACAUUUGCUCAAGUUCAAGGUUGGGAGACAGAGGACACCAAGAUUAUUGCUGUGAAGUUGGCUGCGUUGCCCAAAGCUAGCGGCACUCACAAGCGUGUUGCUGUUAUCACUCAGGGAACUGAUCCCACAAUUGUUUCUGUAGAUGGACAGGUGACUGAGAUCCCAAUCACCGUCAUCCCCAAGAACAAGUUGGUCGACACUAAUGCUGCUGGUGACGCUUUUGUUGGAGGAUUCUUGUCUCAGUUGGUGUUAGGGAAAGACAUUGUGGAGUGUGUUAGAGCAGGAAACUACGCAUCCAGUAUUAUUAUUCAGCGUUCAGGAUGUACUUUUCCCUUGAAGCCUUGUUUUCAGUCGGAGUAGGAAAUUGUUAAGGCAGAGGUUUGUUCCCUUUCUACCAUUUACAACCUUUUUCACACAAUGCAAGCGGUUUCCCAUUCGUGAUGUGAUCACUUUCUCCACUGUAUAUUGGUUUAAGGGGUUGUUUAUAUAUCAUCAACGUGAGUGGGUUGCAUA